AUGAAAAAAGAAAAUGAUGGUGACGACUCCUUCGCCUUUUCCUCGGAAAGGGAUAUUUCCAAUUUGUAUCGAAAGGACCAUUAUAUGAAGCACUGUCAUGUUAAGAACCACAUCGAGCCAAUAGCAUUGGAAGACGAAGUUCACAUUUUGAAAAGGGAGGAACAACAAUCGUUUAAAUUAAGCGACAUUUUAAAAUCACUGGAAAGAAUAAAAGAAGAAAAAAAUGAACCAUCAAAUGAAGACAUCAUUUUACCGGAAUAUGUGGAGCGUGAAAAAGUUGAACAAGAAGAAGAAAGCGUAGAAAGGAUACAUUGUGGAGUAUACCUACAUGAGGUAAACAUAACAGACAAUUCUUAUUUUCAUUCACGCUAUGACGAUAUAAUUGAUGACUAUUCUGAUCCUAUACGGAUAAAGGGUGAUAUGUACAUAAACAACAUUGUCCAUUUCGAAGACUCUUCAACUUAUCGUUCCGUAUUUGAGGUGCACAGAGUAGAGUGGUUCUUAGGGUUAGAAAUAAAUGAGAGAAGAAUACACGAAAUUGUCCCAUAUACCCAAGGGACGUCUUUUCGAAUCCCAUUUGAAGCGUUAGGAAAAUAUAUUUUUUGUAAAGCCUACAGAAAUGUGCACAUAAAUUCGGAGUAUCAAAAAAGGGGAAGGAACACCGUCUUCGAUCCUCAUACUCUACAUAAGAAGCCUGUAAAAUUUAAAGUAGAACCCAAAUGUGUUGAAAAAUGUUCUAUUACGUCUAAGGGGCCAGUUGUUGUUGAAGAUCCGCUAGAUAAUUUCUGCAACUUGUCCAACUCAUCUUCAUCGGAUGACGAGACAGUUACGACUACAUCCAACGCGACGAACCAAACGGAUGAGAAGCACCGCUUCCUUGCUACCCUAUCCAUCAACUUUGACGAGAUCAAAUUUGGCCUAACAAAUUGGGCAAUCGGCGAGGAGGGUCAACCCCACAGUGAUGCAACGGGUCAUACGCAGGGUGACAAAAGAAACAAUGACAAACGAAGAAACGCUGCUUUUAAUUUUUUUCGCCUGUUCGACUUCCAAAAUGAUGGUGCGCAUAGCUCAUCCGAUUCGAGAGCGGAGAAAAAGAACAACUCCGUUGGGGAUGAAGAUGGUGAAAAAAGCACAAAAGGCGUAAAACCUCUCCAAAGCGUUGGGCAGAAUGCACACAAAAAAGGGAGCCUUAAAAGGGAAGGAAACCAAACCGAAUUGACGCUUAACUUGUACGAAGUAGAAUUCAGACUAUCCAGUAAAGACGACUGUGUUGUGGUAAGCAUCGGAAUUGAUUUACAGAAAUCAUUUAAAUUUGUCAAAUACAAAAUGGUUACUAUCAAGCCGGUUGGGAAGAACACCUCCGCGAAUGAGCUGUGGCUAAUACUGGUGGCUUUCAAAUCUGCGUACUCGUAUAAAAACGUUUUUAAAAAAAAUGCAAAAGUAAUUUACACGAAUACGAAUAUUUCGUUCGUUCAAAAUAUAGUAAACAAUUAUUUGACAAAAUCGAUGGAAAGAAAUGCGGACGGAGCUAUGCCUCUCCAGAAGAUAAACACAAUUUUUAACGAAGCGGGGUGA